AUGGACACAGCAAAGAAUAAACUCAAACAAGCCACAAGCUCGGAGUCGCCCUUCGCAGCUGGCUUCAAGGUCCCAAUAACGCACCAAGAUCCUCCUGGGAAACAAGGCGAUCUCCCUAUAGAGCCCAUCAACACCCAGGUCCCGACCGAAGAUGGUGGACUCCAGGAGUACAAAGCAGCCGGGAAACUACAAGACAAGAAGGCUCUCAUAACUGGCGGUGAUAGCGGCAUUGGAAGAGCAAUUGCCCUAUUGUACGCGAUGGAAGGAGCGGACAGCAUGAUAGCAUAUCUGCCAGAAGAGGAGGAAGAUGCCCAAGAAACCAAGCGUCAGGUGGAGAAGUUUGGCCGGACGUGUCAUUUGAUCAGUACAGAUCUAAGAGAGUUCGAAAACUGCAAAAGGGUUGCCGAUGCCGCCCUGGAGAAGCUGGGCCGGGUGAACAUCCUGGUCAAUAAUGCUGCUUUUCAAAUGGUGCAACAAGACAUCACGGACAUCGCCAAUGAUCAAUGGAUCAAAACAUUUGACACAAAUAUCCAUCCCUUUUUCUACCUCUCGAAGCUUCUCAUUCCUCAUAUGAAGAGAGGCGACACAAUUAUCAAUUGCGCAUCGAUCAAUGCCUACAUUGGCCGCCCAGACCUGCUGGAUUACACUUCAACGAAAGGAGCAAUCGUAUCAUUUACUCGUGGACUGGCCAACCAGCAGAUGAGCAAGGGUAUUCGGGUCAAUGCAGUAUGUCCAGGGCCGGUGUGGACACCGUUGAUUCCUAGUACAAUGGGCAGUUCUGCACAAGAUCAGUUUACCUCUCCUAUGGGCCGACCUGCUCAGCCAAGCGAGAUUGCAACAUGCUUUGUGUUCCUUGCUAGUGCGGACAGCAGCAUGAUAUCCGGACAGAGCCUUCACCCCAAUGGAGGUGUCAUUGUCAAUGGUUGA